UGCUAGCACACGUUCACAGCUUCACGCUAUAAUUCUUUGUUCUUUUCAACGUUUAUAUAUCAAGCUCAUAUUGUUUUUUCCACUGUUACGAUGCCGCGAGAAAAGAAAUGUCCAGGCUGCAAGAAGCCAGUAAAUGAUCAUGAUUUUGGCGUGCCAGGGAAACAUUGUGACGGUCCUGGGGGCGUUCCCGAAAUUCGGGGCAAUUCUACUACACGGAACGACGAACUGUUGAAUUCGCUCGCCGCCGCUGUUCAAACUCUCACGGCCGAGGUUCAAAGUUUGAAGGCCGAUCAUGCUAGCAGUCGUCAGUCCCAUUCCUUGCCGCCCUCCGACGUUGCUUCGUCGUCGCGAUCUUCUAAAGAUGUAUCGCCGCGCCGUGCGACGACGGUUACUUUGCCCGAGCUUAGAGCCAUGGAUGACUUGGCCGACGCGGCGGAUCGACGUGUGGCUCAUGUUCUGCCCAUUGCAUCCAGUGAGUCCGAUGAGGAAGCUGAUAUGGGUGCGCUGGCUUCCUCUCCGUUACGGAAGCCAAAUAAAGCUGAAUUCGUGGCGGGGUAUGCACAGAUUCUACAAUUACGAGAGAUCAGUUCGUUCGAGCGCGCCGAACGACACAAACAUUUGGUAACGCUGAUGUACCACGCACAGCUAUACGAAUGGGAGGCGGUGCUUGCCUUCCAUGGAGCGGUUUUGCUUGAAAUCGAACGUGGCUUAUUGAAGUGGGGUGAUUCCUUUUCCCACCUCGAAAGCAGAACCCUCCAUGGUCAGCUACUUUCACCGCCGAAAAAGCAGUCUUACAGUUCAGGGCCGACAUUGUUUUGUAGAGAUUAUCAACGCGAGAAGUGCAUUCAUACCAAGGAUCAUUAUGGUUACGUCCGAGGCGAACGUAAAUGGGUAAAACAUAUUUGUGCGGCUUGUUGGGUACAAUCGAGAAAACAGGAAUCGCAUAGAGAGGAUUCAUCUGAUUGUCCGCUUUCAGGGGAAUCAAAAAACUGAUAAACUUCGCCCUUGGUCAAGACAUUGGGGGCGUUCCUUCCGUUACUGUUGCUUCAUUUCCGGAUAUGUCGUUUUGUGCUUUGAAUGCUGAUGCUUGCUCCCAGCCGCUAAAGGCUGCAGUUCCUGACUGUCGUGGCUUUUCCACGGGCGCUGAUUAUAUUCAUGAUGUGUGUUUUCCUCAGCCGGUGGAGGCUGGUGUUUUAGACUGUCGUGGUUUUUCCACGGCCUUUCCUCGUGACUCUCAGCAGGCGAAUGAUUUUUAUUUGUACGCACAUGAGUUAGUUUUUCGUUCUGGUCGCCCGAACUUUGUGGUUUCUCGCCUGCCCGUUCCAAGUUCCCUAAAGAUCAAUACUUGGAGGACUUUGUUGUAUGAUUAUGACGACCAAAUGAUUUGUGAUUUCCUGGAGUUUGGUUGGCCGGUGGGUUUCACUGGCGAUACUGUUCCUAUUUUUGAUGCUCGCACUCACCGGGGUGCGCUCAAUUUUGCGACUCAAGUUUCAGAGCAUUUACAACGUGAAGUCUCGCUUGGUCGUGUCGCUGGGCCGUUUACGGAUCCUCCCUUCGGGGGUGGAUUUGUUACUUCACCGUUGAACACGGUUCCCAAGCGAGAUUCUGAAGAACGUAGGGUAAUUGUGGACUUGAGCUGGCCUAAGGGCGGUUCAGUAAAUGAUGGUAUUCCGUGUGAUAGUUUUCUGGGAGAUCCGUUCGUGACUUGUUAUCCCACUAUAGAUGACAUUGUGGAAGCGAUCGUGCAGUUUGGCCCGGGUUGUUUUCUCUAUAAGAGGGAUCUGCGGCAGGCGUAUAGGCAGUUUCCUGUGGAUCCCGGCGAUUACCGUUUACUUGGGUAUAUUUGGAAUGGACAUUAUUACUUUGACACUGUUUUAACUAUGGGGUUACGCUCUGCUGCUCAGGCAUGUCAGCGCGCCACCUCAGCGGUAGCUUGGAUUCAUCGACAGCAAGGAAAAGUUUUAUUUAAUUAUUUGGAUGAUUUCAUUGGGGUUUCUGAGGCUAGCUCUGCGACUUCCGAUUUUGAGCAGUUGGGGACUCUUCUCUCCUCUCUGGGACUGAUCGAAUCUGUUUCCAAAGCUUGUCCGCCUUCAUCGCUCAUGCUGUGUUUGGGAGUGAUGGUAGACACGAAUUCAUUUACGUUGUCAGUUAGUCCUGAGCGGCUAGCGGAGUUAGAGCUUCUCUUACAUGAUUGGAGGAACCGCAAAACUGCUCGCAAACGGGAGUUACAAUCCCUAGUUGGCAAACUUGUGUUUGUUUCAAAGUGUGUUCGUCGGAGUCGGGUGUUUAUCUCGCGCUUAUUAAGUCUGCUACGAACAGUUCAAUACAAUCAUCUUCACGUUAAUUUAACCGCGGAAUUUCGCAAGGAUAUUAUUUGGUGGUGUCAUUUCCUGCGGGAAUACAACGGAGUAUCUAUGAUUAAAACUACCUCUUGGAGUUCUCCGGGGGAAGUUUUUUCUACAGACGCUUGCCUGAUUCCUCGGCUUUGGCCUCUCUGCAAAAGGAUCUACGACAGACAUUACAAGCUGCUUAUAGCACAGGGACAUAUAGUAAUUUAAAGACUCAAUUUAAGGCCUUUUUUCUAUUUUGCUUAUAUUUUGACUUGACUCCAUUACCAGCAGACAUAGAUACGGUCUGUCUUUAUGUACAGUUUUUAAGUCGUUCGAUUGCACCACCUUCGAUUCGUAA